AAUGCUGCCUAUUCUCACCUGGUGCUUUCCAUCUUCUUCCACAUCCACCACCAUCACCACCAUGCACCCGAUCUUCCUCUUCCUCUUCCUCUUCCUCUACCAAUUUCUCCUCAGCCAUGCCCAGCUCCGAUUCGACUACCCAACGGAGAAAAUCAAUACCACCUGGGUCAACAAUCCAUCCUUCACCCGCAACUCAAUCUACUUCAUCACCGGUACCAAAAUACGCCUCCUCCUCCUUAAUAGCGGAGGCGGCGGCGGACCCAGCUUCGCCUGCGGUUUCCUCUGCGCCCCCCCGUGCCACGGCUUCAUUUUUUCCAUCUUCGUCGUCAACACGACCGUUGAAGCCGAACUCCCCGAUGAUAGCAACGCCGCCCCUUCCCUUUGGUCCCCUAACAGCGACCGCCUCGUCGGCGAGAAUGCCACCCUCCACUUCACCAAAGACGGCGACUUGAUCCUUCUCGACGCCGAUGGCACCUUCGUUUGGUCAACCAACACCUCAAACCACUCUGUUUCCUUCAUGAAUCUCACUUCUUCCGGCAAUCUUAUCCUUCUCAACAACAAAAAUGAGGCAGUUUGGUCUUCGUUCGAUCACCCAACGGACACUGUACUUAAUGGACAGACGCUAAAACUUGGUCAGAGCCUCACUUCCAAUUCCUCUGCGACUAAUACCACUCGAUGUAAGUUCUAUCUCUCCCUUCAAAAACAUGGCUUCUACGCCUUCGUUAACUCCAGCCCUCCUCAGCUUUACGCUGAGUUGUUAAACAAGCCGAGAAAAAUAGCUAAUACUACCUAUCUCACCUUCAAGGAUGGCCGCCUCGUCUGGCCUAAUGAUUCUCUUACAUUAAUUUCAAACCCGGGUAACUGGGCUGUUCAGUUCAUUAGAUUGGAGUUCGAUGGCCAUUUGAGAGUAUAUGGAAUUGGGCAAAACUUUAUUCCAGGAGUAACGAUAUUAUCAGAUUUCACCAACUUUCAACUUGGUUACUGUGAUUAUCCCAUGGCCUGUGGGGAGUUUGGGAUUUGUUCGAAUGGGCAGUGCAGUUGCCCUGUAAAUGUUAGUGAUGGAGAUCCCAGCUUCUUCAAGCUGAACAGUUGGGGUUUAGUGAAUCGAGGUUGCUCUCCUGUGAAUCCAAUCUCUUGUCAAUCGGCAAAAAGCCAUCGCCUUUUGCCUUUAGGAAGCAUCUCCUACUUCAAUUACGUCGAUGAGAAUGCUGUGGCUCUUCGUGGAACAGAUGAAGAGAGCUGCAAGCAGGCUUGUUUGAUGAAUUGCUCUUGCAAAGGUGCUUUUUUUAAGUAUGGAAGAGAUUUUUCACAGGGAGACUGUUAUCUCCCUUCAGAGGUCUUCUCUUUGAAGAACACUUCGUCUAUGACCUACAACUCGUCGGCUUAUAUCAAGAUACAGAUCGCACCAGCAUCAAAUCAAACAUCUUUUCAUCCUGUAGCAGAAUCUUCAAUCUCUAAGGAAUCAAACAGGAUCAAUGUAUUGGCGGCCAUGCUUGGAAGCUUAGUCUUUACUUCCGUUGUUGCGUGGGUUAUUAUUCUUCGUUGCAGAAGGAGAAGGGUUGAAGACAUGGAAGAUGGGGAUCAGUUUGAUCAAGUACGUGGAGUUCUAGUCAGAUUUUCUUUUGAAGAACUUUAUCUUGCCACCCAAGGCUUCAAAAGAAAGCUUGGAGAAGGAGGAUUUGGAUCUGUGUUUUGGGGAACAUUAAACAACGGUAACAAAGUUGCAGUGAAGAAGUUGGAAGGUCUUGGUCAGGGCAAAAAAGAAUUCUUGGCUGAAGUUGAAACCAUUGGAAGCAUCCAUCAUAUUAAUCUUGUAGAACUAAUAGGUUUCUGUGCUGAGAAAUCGCACAGACUUCUGGUUUAUGAGUACAUGCCCAAUGGAUCACUUGAUCAAUGGAUCUUUGGAAGAGAAGAAGAAGAAGAAGAAGUUUUUCUAGAUUGGCAAACCAGAAGGAAUAUAAUCCUUGAUAUAGCUAAAGGGCUUUGUUACCUACACGAAGAAUGCAGGCAUAGAAUUGCUCAUUUAGACAUAAAGCCACAAAAUAUUCUACUCGAUGAAAAAUUUAACGCUAAAGUUGCAGAUUUCGGAAUGUCAAAGCUGAUUGAUAGAGAUCAGAGAGAAGUCAUGACUAGAAUGAGAGGAACUCCUGGUUAUCUAGCUCCAGAAUGGUUGACUUCGAUUAUUACUGAAAAGGUUGAUGUUUAUAGCUUUGGUGUUGUAGUUCUCGAAAUCAUCUGUGGAAGAAAGAACUUAGAUCCUUCUCAGCCUGAAGAAGCAGUUCAGUUAAUUGCUCUAUUAGAAACAUUUAAGAUCCAUUCAUCGCCAGAUGCUUUUCUGAAUAACAACAGAAGCAUUUGGUCUGAUGAUGAAGAUGCAAUUAAGCUUCUUGGAUUAGCUAUGUGGUGUCUGCAAAGUGAUAGUAAAAGAAGACCGGCCAUGUCAAUGGUGGUGAAAGUUUUAGAAGGUUUGGAAGAGGUGGAAUCUAAUAUAGAUUAUGACUUCUUUGGAACUCAUCAGAACUUUGCAGAUGAGUAAGAACCAUUGAAGCUCUUCAUACACAAUCAUAUGGCUUUGAAUCUACAGGAAAAAGAUGGAAAUUUUCAACCAGUUAAAGAAUCAGAGAGAGAUGCAUCAGCAGAUAUGACUUUGAAUAUGUAAUCUUCUGAAGGUCUUGAUCACUGGGCAAUCAUGGCAGCUUUGCAUCAGCAUGAAGGUUUUAAGAAAUUAUUUUAUUUAAAGUUAAUUAAAGAGGUUUCUUGUGCACUCUGGCUUGCAUUUUUUAAGGCUUUUCUUUGUAUAAUAUGUAAAAGCUAAUGAGAAAGAGACAAUAGAGAUAGCAAUGGCUACAAUGCCAUUUGUAAGUUUAUUUGGAAUAAGAGAACAAGAAAGCAAAGAACCAA